GGAGCCAGGGAGCGACAUUGUUUGAUCAUUCACGGACGGCCAGCCGGAUUCAGCAGAGGUGACAGUUCAAGGUUCAAGGCCAGACUGCCCCCUGCAGCAGAGGUCAGGGUGUUGACGAGUUUGGACUGGGGCAACUUGAAGAAGCUGCCGGAUGGUGCCACAUCGCCCGCAGCAAGCCAAGAAGAGACAAUGGUGUUCGCCACUGCCGUUGCAGCAAAGGCAGUGAAGGUUCUGAUGCACAGGGGCAAAACCUUGACAAUCCCUGACAGUGUGACUCAAAUUGAGAAGAGUGCAUUGGCAGUCUGA